GGGAUACCAGGGGACAUAAAAAGGGCCCCAAAACAGGCAGGCACCAUCUUCCCUGACAGCAGCACCAUGGCCUUCCUUUGGCUCCUGUCCUGCUUUGCCCUUGUUGGGGCCGCACAUGGCUGUGGAGUCCCUGCCAUCCAUCCUGUGCUGACUGGUCUGACCAGGAUCGUCAAUGGUGAGGACGCUGUCCCUGGCUCCUGGCCCUGGCAGGUGUCAUUGCAGGAUAAAACUGGCUUCCACUUCUGCGGGGGCUCCCUCAUCAGCGCAGACUGGGUGGUCACUGCUGCCCACUGUGGAGUCAAGACAACUCAUGUGGUGGUGGCUGGGGAGUUUAACCAGCGCUCUGAUGAGGAGGAUGUGCAAGUCUUGAAAGUUGCAAAGGUUUUCAAGAACCCCAAGUUCAACAUGCUUACCAUCCGCAAUGACAUCACCCUGGUGAAGUUGGCCACGCCUGCCCAGUUCUCCAAGACCGUAUCUGCCGUGUGCCUUCCCAGUGCCAGUGACAACUUCCCUGAUGGGUUACAGUGUGUCACCACUGGCUGGGGCAAGACCAAGUCCACUGCUACCAAGACCCCCGACAAGCUGCAGCAAGCAGUCCUGCCCCUUGUGUCCACUGCUGACUGCAAGAAGUUCUGGGGCACCAAGAUCACUGACGUGAUGAUUUGUGCUGGGGCCAGUGGCGUCUCUUCCUGCAAUGGUGAUUCUGGUGGCCCCCUGGUGUGCCAGAAGAAUGGAGCCUGGAACCUAGUAGGCAUCGUGUCCUGGGGCAGCAAUACCUGCUCCACCUCCACGCCUGCUGUGUACACUCGAGUCACCGCACUCCUGCCCUGGAUUCAGGAAAUCCUGGCAGCCAACUGAUCAUAUUUCCUUGCCAUCCCUUCUCCAGAGAUCCCCAAUAAAGUCUUUUAUUCAGAAACACUA